GGGGGGUCGAGGCGCCGUUGCCGGGAGACGGCGGACGCCAUGGCGGGCGCGGGGCAGUACGAGGACGCCUUCAGGCCCCACCGCCUGCAGAACUGGACCGUGGCCCAUCCCGGCCCGCAGCGCCCUUUGCCGCGGGAGGGUUCCACGCGGAUCAUUGCCGAUGACCGGGGGCAUCUGCUGCCCUCCGCGUCGCGCUCCCAGGCCUCCCCAUGGGGGACAUUCGUGGGGACGUGGGAGAUGCCGGCGAGGAUUCCCCCGGUCAGGUUGGACCUGACCUCCCGCUCGGCCACGGCGGCUGCCCGGCUCACCGAGUGGGUCCGGCAGCCCACGGCGCUGACCCGCGCCCGCAACGGCCUCCGUACUGAGAUCACCGGCAAGCCCCAGGUGCUUCGCUCCGAUGUGCAAACUGCCAAGGAACCUUCCCAAAGGAGCGUGCCGGCAUCCACGGAGGAGAUCCAGCUCGCCGGGCUCUCUCUGGGGGUGACACUGGAAGCGCCACCGGACCCCAGAGCAGAAGCCCCGGCUGCGACAUCGCUCUGGCAUGAAUGCUGCUGCCCAGAACUCGCAUCCCUGGAGCCUCCAGCUUUGCUCCAACCUCGCUGCCAAAGCCGGUGUUCCCACGAGCCCACGGUGACAGACCAACGCGGGGACACCGGCUCGCCCCAAACGCCAACCUCCAACCGCCCCGCUUCGAGGGAGGCCAACACUCCGCAAGCCAUCGCGCCACCGGGCCCCAAUCCCAGCCGGGGGCACGGAUCCUACGGGCUCGGAGCAUCACCGCGGGUGGGAUGUGGAGGAUCGGCUGCGGGCGCGAGAGCUGGGCAGACACCUCAGCUCUGAGCCGGCUCCGCUCUCCUCCCUUCUCUCUGCUGCAAACCAUCCAUCCCUCGGGACAGAGACAGCCAGAAACCACCUUCCCAGGGAGAGGAAGGGACGGCGUCGGAGAAGCCUUAGUGAUGCUGAGACCAGGACAGAACCACGGGGCCCGCAUUUGUUUUCAUGGCAACUGGCAAAAUACAAGUUUCAAAUCCAAUAAACCCCCUGUUUUGUUUCAGCAGCAGAGCCCUGGGUAGGUCGGGGCUGUGGGAAUCUGUGUGGGAAACGGUGCUGUGUCCCGGCAUCUCAUGCUGGAAACGUGGGAGCAGCGCCGUGCCGGAGAUCGGCACUGGUGGGAGGCAGCUCUGGCUGCGUGUCCCGUCUCCCCGAGCGCUGCCGGCCCCUGCGACUGCUCACCGAAGGGAAAUAAACCCGCAAAGCGCAGUCUGAACCCCCGGCGCAGUCUGACUUCGUUAGCAGCUGGCGCAGCUCAUUAGCAGCUUCCAAAUAAAAACCACUCCAGCAGCUGGAGGAAUAAUUGGUUUAAGGCUGGAACACAUUCAUUUUUGCCCGGCAGCAGCGCUCUCCCGCUGAGGCAGGGAUUCGGCAGCGCAUCUCUCCUGCUCCACGCCAACAGCGGCUUCUCCUCCUUCCCCAUUUCACAUCUCGGAAGCUCUGCAUCCCCGCAGGGCUGCGAUAUCUCCCGCUAAUUAAAGGAAUGGCAGGUUUGUUGGGUCCGGCAGGCAGGCGGAGCAGCCACGCGCGGCAAGGACGAGGCUCGGAUCGGCGGUGGAAGGAAAAGCAGCGGUGUGGGAACAGGCCUGGCCAGGGCGAGGGACCUCGGAUUCCCUGAGCCCGAGUCUCCGCCAGCAGCUGGAUGUUCCCUCUAAGCUGACAUUUUGCUGGCUCAGUCUGAGAAGGGGAAGGACGAUCCUUCCGAGAGCCUCGCUGGGAUGGGAAAGCGGGACUGGCGGAGCUUUGCUCCCAGGGGAAAACACUAAAAACGUCCGUUUUGAGCCAAAAGCCCAAGCGUUGGUGCCAGCAACCACGGUCCAGGCAGGAAAUUCCUUCACAGAUGCCCACUGGCUCCGAAGGCCGGGCACUGCUCCUGCCCCAAAAGCUUCCAUCCCCCCUGCUCCCCCAGGACUCCCCACGUCCCAGGGCGGAACAGCCCUUCCCGGGCAACGCGGCCUCAGCAAACAGCAUCGCGCGCAAACGACGAGCUCGGCCCUCCGAUCAGGGCUGCUUUAUUGCAAAGGUGCUGGAAUAGGAGCUGGUGGGAAUGCGGGACUGGAAAACCACCUCCCUGCCUGCCAUGCCAAGGACAGAGGAACCUCCUAACAGGAGACCAUCGGGCACUCGCGCAGCAGGGGCUGCAGGGCCCGAUGCUGGCUGAAUCCCAGCGUUUCCAAGGGUAAGGAGUGGGGAUGGAGCAGCCCAUCCUGGACCCCUGGGAGCUCGGAAAGCGCAGGGUCGGUGCAGCAUGAGGCCGCAACCAACACCCAUUCCCCUCCCAGGUGCCGGCAUCGGCUGCUCCGCCCGCUCUCCCAGCCCCGCACGGGCUGCCUCAAUGGAGAUGCUUGUCCGGCGCUGGGCCUACACACGGACAAGCGGCCGUCCUGAGCCCACUCGGACCCGCCAGGACACAGAUCCAGCAUUGUCUCCCACUUGGGGACAGAGCAGAGCAAAGAAACGCCCUGGAGUUUGCC